AUGUAUCGUUCACUCUCCAGAAUAAGUCAGCAUAUUGGAGGUACUCGUAGUGUUGCCAAGCAGCAGGCCCGACGAUUGACCCUCCUUGAACACCACUCUCAUAAACUCCUCAAGCAGUAUGGGAUUCCAGUUCCUCACGGGUUCGUUGUCGCAAGCCCAGAUGAUGCCAAGUCCGUGGUAUCUGAGAUAAAUGCCCCAUCCAUGUUGAAGUCCCAGAUUCUUGCUGGAGGUCGGGGGAAGGGUAAAGUCGACAGUGACGGCAAGGGCGGAGUUCGGAUGGCCAAGACACCAGAGGAAGCUUUUGAAGAUGCCUCCAACAUGCUUAACCACUACCUCACAACCAAGCAAACACCACUAGGCGGAUUACUUGUCAAGAAGCUCUAUAUCUACAAAGCUGUUGACGUGGCGCACGAGUACUAUUUCUCCGUCACGAUUGAUCGCGAGCGAUAUAGCCCCGUACUUCUCAUUUCCGACGAGGGCGGAGUCAAUAUUGAAUCGAACGUCGAUAAACUACAUAAAUUCUGGUUUUCGCUCUCCUCGGGCGUCACUCCCGAGUUGAUCGCCCAGAUACAAGCGAGACUGCUGUUUUCUACUUCUGAAUUACCAGUGAUAGAACACAUUAUCCGGCAAAUGGUCGCAUUGUUCCGGGAGAAAGAUGCCAUCCUCCUGGAGUUAAACCCACUUGCGUUGACACGGGAAGGAGACUUUGUCUGCCUCGAUGCGAAAUUUGAUUUUGACGAUGCCGCGCGGUUCCGCCAGCGGGACAUCUUCAGUCUUGAGGAGCAUGCAUCUAACCAGGAAGAUGAGCAUGAGGCUUCCAAACAUGGCCUAGUUUAUAUUCGUCUCGAUGGGAACAUCGGAAACAUCGUUAACGGAGCGGGUUUGGCUAUGGCUACUAACGAUCUUAUCAACCUGCAUGGCGGCAGGAGUGCUAACUUCCUCGAUAUUGGAGGAAAGGCCACGACCGAAACAUUACAGAAAGCUUUCGAGAUUCUCAACAGGGACUCUCGGGUGCAGGGUAUUUGGGUCAACAUCUUCGGUGGAAUCGUACGGUGCGACAUGAUAGCUACCUCUAUUAUCGAAGCCGCUUCAGCUAUGGGAGGAUUUAGGGUCCCCGUUGUUGUCCGCCUACAGGGUACCAAUAGUGUCGAAGCCAUGAAGUUGAUUGAAGCAUCCGAAUUAGACCUCUCUACGGAGUCAGAUUUUGAGUUGGCAGCUGAAAGAAUUAUCGAACUUACACCUCGAUGUGUUUGA